CCGACGACAACCCCACGACUAACACACAGGUAUCACGCCAACACCGCCAACAUGCGUACCUACGACGAUUCCUUCAGCGGUCAAAAGAUCUACCCGGGCAAGGGCAAGCUCUACAUCCGUGGUGACAGCAAGAUCUUCCGCUUCCAGAACGGAAAGACCGAGUCCCUUUUCCUCCAGCGCAAGAACCCUCGCAAGAUUCACUGGACCACUCUCUACCGAAGGGCGCACAAGAAGGGUAUCUCUGAGGAAGUCGCCAAGAAGCGUACCCGCCGCACAGUCAAGCACCAGCGUGCCAUCGUCGGUGCCUCGCUCGACGUAAUCAAGGAGCGUCGCAGCCAACGUCCCGAGGCCCGUACCGCCGCCCGCGCCGCUGCCAUCAAGGAGGGCAAGGAGAAGAAGGCCGCCGCCGAGUCGCAGAAGAAGGCUGAGAAGGCCAAGAACGCCGCCGCGUCCGCACGAGGCAACGCCGCCAAGGUCAGCAAGCAGGGUGCCAAGGGUGCCGCACCAAAGGUGCAGGCAAGGACUCGUUAA